AUGAAGGACCAUCGGCAGACCACCGCAGCACCACGAAAGGACUUGCCACAGAGAGUAAACCAGCGGGUCAUCGUCCAAGGCAAGAUGGAGCGCGAGGAUCCAGUGAAGCAAUCCGCCAAGUGCCCCACGACAGUCUACGUGAAGAAUCUCGCCUUCAAUGUGGACGAGCCUCAGCUUACCCAGCACUUCGAGUCUUGCGGGCGUGUGGUACAGGUGCUCAUCGUGCGCGCCGCGGACGGGCGCUCCCGUGGCUUCGGCUUCGUGGAGUUCGAGGACGCAUCCACGGCCCAGAGCGCGCUGAUGCUCUCGGACAGCGUCCUGGGUGGUCGCGACAUUGUGGUGUCGAAGAGCUCACGGGCGAUCACGCAGAAGAAGAACAAGGAGGAUGUGGAAGAGGCGCCGAAGGGGAGUCAGAAGGGCAAGGGCAAGGGCAAAGCCAAAGGCAAGGGCAAGGGCAAAGGAGAAGACAAGGGUGACAAGGGAAAAGGCAAGGAGGAGAAAGGCAAAGGAAAGGGCGCGAAGGGCAAAGAGGAGGCAGCCAGGCGUCGCCUGAACCUGGACGAGCCCAAGGAAGGCGCUGAUGAGGCGAAGAGGCCGCGCCUCGAGGAGGAGCCAAAGGAGCCAACGGAGCCAAAGGAGCCAAAGGAGGAGCCCAAAGCCAACCUCUCAAAUGCCGACUUCCGGAAGCUCCUGGGCUGA